CUACAGAUCCUAUCCAUCAAGCAAAUGGCUAUGAAAAAUUACUCAUCAGUGACAGAGUUUAUUCUUAGGGGAUUGACAGACCAGCCUGAGCUCCAAAUGCCCCUCUUUUUUCUGUUCCUGGUGAACUAUAUAAUCACUGUGGUGGGAAACUUGAGCUUAAUGAACCUAAUUUGCCUCAACUCACAUCUUCACACCCCCAUGUACUUCUUUCUCUUUAAUUUGUCCUGCAUUGAUUUCUGUUACACACUUGUCAUUACUCCCAAAAUGCUGGUUGGCUUUGUGUCAGAGAGGAACAUCAUCUCCUACACUGGAUGCAUAACUCAGCUAUUUUUCUUCUUCUUUUUUGUCAACUCUGAGUCCUACGUGCUGACCACCAUGGCGUAUGAUCGCUACGUGGCCAUCUGUCAGCCUCUACAGUAUACAGUCAUCAUGUCCCCUAGGACCUGUUCUCUGCUGAUGUUUGUUUCAUACUUGAUAGGGUUAGCUUCUGCCAUACUCCACACAGGAGGUGUAAUCAGACUCACCUUCUGUGAUUCCAGCAUCAUCAAUCACUACAUGUGUGACCUCUUCCCCCUCCUCCAACUCUCCUGCAGCAGCACUUACGUGAAUGAGCUUGUGAGUUAUGUUGUUGUAGGUACAGCUAUCCUUUGUUGCAGUCUCAUUAUCUUAAUCUCAUAUGCUUUGAUUCUUUAUAAUGUCAUUCAUAUGUCAUCAGGGAAGGGUUGGUCCAAAGCUAUGAGCACCUGUGUUUCUCACAUAGUCACUGUUGGCCUCUUCUAUGGGUCGGGGAUACUUGCUUAUGUCAAACCAAAAUCGUCUGAGACUGUAGGCCAGGGGAAAUUUUUCUCAGUAUUUUAUACUCUUUUGGUGCCCAUGCUGAACCCCCUCAUUUACAGCCUUAGGAAUAAGGAUGUAAAACUUGCUCUGAAGAGAACACUGAAGAGAACGACAAACUAA